AUGGGCCUGCGUCUUUUGAGUAGUCAGAAAUUUGAGGUGUUUCAGAACAUGCUGAGAUUGUUAUGAGUAUAAGUUCACUUGCAUUCUCGAAGCAGUCGGGAGUGCAUAGCCUCCAUAUCGUUUGAUAUUCUACAUGAUCUGCACAUGCAUAGGAACCGAUGGUUGCAUUGGGAGUUUUUAUUUGGGACGUGGCUAAUAAGUGGCGGCAGGCAUUAACAAACGAAAAACGCGCAUGAAAACGAACUAAGCAGUUGUGUAAAGUAGCUCAACAACGACUGGAUACAAGAACAGCGUGCAGAAUACAACUUAAUAUAGAGAAGAAGAUACGUCGGGCACGUUUUUGGGUUUAAUAAGAUUAAUACCAGGCAUUUUUGCUAUUGUCUGCUAGUAUCUAAGCGCAUUUGUACAAAUGGGUUUGAAAUGCCCUAUCUGCCCAGUUGGGCAUCAUGGAUAGUUCAGCCAUUCCAGACACAUUUAAGCAUCAGUUUCCCAAAAUGGCGAACAAAUUGUUAUUUGACACAAAUAUCGGAAAAAACUGCGGCGAGGGGUGAAGUUUACUCCGGAUGCUGUCUAACAACACAUUGUACAUUUUGAAAUUUAUUCGAUCCACCUUUUUUAGGCCAUUCUGAUUUGGAACGAUUUCAUGCUCACCAGAGCUACUACCGUCUGUUUCCUCGGUGGUUCCAGUUUAACGACAACUAACAUUUAGAAGUAUGACGCAGGUACUGCGGACCUUGCGAUUUUGACUCUUGAUUAUUGCUUGUGCGCAUAUAAGGGACUUCACUAACUGCCGGUUCGUGUUAUAAGGCAAAAUCUCGUAAGUGAAUAUUCCCAAACCGGCUAACCGCAUUGGCCACUAGGCCACGGUUGAAGGUUUGCCGCAAGUUUACGAUAGUUUGGUGUGAAUGCCGUACGAAGUUGGCGGAGGUCGACUUGUAGUUUUCGUUAUUAUCGGCUUAUUAAGAAUUUCUUGCGUAUUCAUUAGGUCCGGGAUUUGGGAUCUUCGUCUGAGGAAGUUACGUCGACCGUGUAUUGUGUUUUUGCCGGUUAAGAAAUCGGCGGAUCUCAUCGAUGAACAUUUUCCUUAUUUUGUAUAAUGCAAUAGUACAUUCAACGGGACGACCGUUGGCCGCAUACCUCAUACAGGAGCAGGAGCUUAUCUCCCAGCAUUUCGAGCACUAGCGUGGAAGCGGUCUCCCCAUCGGUUUUUAUGUGAGUUCGAUCAGCCGCGGCGCAAACUCUUCUUUGGCUUUUACUGCGAAUGUAUCCGAUUUACCUCUGACUGGACCCUGACGUCUUCGAUAGUCCGCCUUUCGGAGUAGAUGCACUUACAUCAUAUUUUAUACUUGGUACCUGGAUGUAGGGACCAGGCAUUCUCGAAUUCCGCCACACUAAGGCGCAUUCUCAAAUUUCGUCAUAGCUACCAGCAACCCACAGGCAAUUGCCUUAUUAACUUUGCCGCCGUGUUCGAUUUAAUUCAUUGUGAAUCCAUGUGACUGAUAGUGGCACUGACUGGUGUGCCGCCAAAACUCAUCGCCAUGAUUAAGGUCAAUUACCGCUCCACCAUUGAGCGAGUUCUAGUUCAUAAUACUCUUUCCCAUUCGUUCGGUAUUUGGUCUGACGUCCAACAGGCUUGUAUCAUGUCACCCAUUCUGUUCAAUUACGUUAUUGACUGGAUCCCUGGGAGGGCCCUAUUGAGUUGGCACCUGGAGACCGGCCGACUGAUCACGAUGAUACCGAUAACAUCACCUUAAUAGCUACAUAUUUUGGUAAUCUGCUGUCUAUGAUGUCACAGGUGGUCGAGGUCGCUAAAUCGGUCGGUAUAUCCAUAAGCACCGGAAGGAUAAAGUCGUUGGCGAGCUACAUCCCUGAUCAGAAGACACCCCAAGAUAUAAAUGGAUGGUAACAUGAAGAAGUGGAUGGUUUUAAAUAUCUCCUUGAAAGGCUUCUUCCGAAUGGGCAGGGUAAAGACGACAUUGGCCCUGCCAGCGUUUGUGGACAAGCCGACCGAUUUGUCGAUCUCGUUCGCCCAUGGCACCAUAGACUGCAGAUCACCAAAAUUUAGAGCUGGUAGGGUGAUGCUAUCGGCAUAGUCGAGAUCAGUCAAUCAGUGUCUGGAUGCAAACUCAACACCGUUAUCUUCGUGUAGGGCUCUCCCAAGAAUCCAGUCAAUAGCGUAAUUUAACAGAAUGGCGACGGGCCACAACCUUGUCGGACGCCAGACCAAAUACCGAACGAAUGGGAGUGUUAUGAACCAGAACUCGCUCAAUGGUGGAGCGGUAAUAGAUCUUGAUCGCGGCGAUAAGUUUUGACGGUACACCAUCUAGUGCCAUUAUCCACCACAUAGAUUCACGAUAAAUGGAAUCGAACGCAGUGGCAUAGAUACAUUUUGGGCAAUUUUAUCGUAGAUCAUAACGUGGGACACUUUGUACGUCGAUCAUUUCACUGAUAGUGAAGCCUCUUACGGUUUCCGGGUAGCUAGCUACGACUUUUCUCUCGAGGUUGUGCUAUUGCCUGCUCUCUGGUCCCCCAAGCGACUCGCACCUGCCUUCUUUUUGUUUCUCCCUCACUUAUCACAAUUUUUUCUAUUCCUUUUACCCAGCGAUGGACCUACGGGCAACUCCUACGCCGUGUGCUCGCGAGGGCUGUAAAUAUCCUGUCUCAGAGGAGGCUCUUGUUUGUUCCGCAUGCAAAGGCAGGUUCCACCCCACCUGUUCGGAUUUAACUCUUGAGGCGUUUACUUCCUUCCAGACCGCUAAAACAUGGAAGUGCUCGAGUUGUGUCAAAUGCUACGCAGUCGGUGAUUCAGGGCAUUCCAACCAGCCCCACAUCAUUACCUACAUUACCAGCAACCCGAAUAAACUGCGUGAAACUCUGGAAAUUUUGGGGGACCAGUACACUCCUUUGGUGAGACACGAGGCCAGUGUUUUAUGUAGCAUCAUUCUUGCCUGCAAGCCCUGCACCAUUGCUCAUUAAUACUGCCUACAAUUUAUAAUACCUUCGUACUGUUAGUAGACUAUUCACAUUUUUGCUUAUGCGUCCUUCAGUUUAGAUCCCUCGACGUCGAUUUGCCGGAAUAUCAGGGAGUCGCUGAGGAAAUCGCGAUUUCGAAGUGCCGUUUUGCUGCUGAGCAGGUUGACGGUCCCGUCCUCGUCGAAGACACCAGCCUCGGUUUUGACGCACUUAAAGGUCUUCCAGGGCCUUAUAUUAAAUGGUUUCUGAAGGCUGUGGGUGCACAAGGUACGUUGCAUUUGUAUUUAUUGCCCUAAAGAGUAAGUCCACAUUUUUCAGUUUCACAGACAUGCAGCCUGUCUUUGCGUAGUCGAUUGCUAGUCACCUUCGCAUGCAGCAGAGGCACUAAUACAUUGUUAUCCGCAUCACACGUAACAGCCUCUGGUCGUAUUAACCUUGUUUCUCUCCGAAACAUGGUGGAUGCGAGAGAAAUUUGUACAGUAGAUGCUGCGCAAGUAUCCGUUGGUAGGUCCGCCUUGUGAGUAGAUUUGUACGUUGUCGUUCGCAAUAGUCGGAAUGUCGUGGGGUUGGACAUGUAAUAACUGUGCACAUUUCGACAUUAAAAUGCUUUAUUACUUCGCUUCUGGCAUGUGAAUCUACGCUGCAUACGGGCUCUCAAUUGAGGAUGCGUAAGUAUCCGUUGGAGCAAGUGAUGGUCCAUUUAUACCGUAUAUGUGCUAACUCAUGGAAGUUAACUGAAAUUCUGAAAUGCGUUUCCAACUCAAAGAGAUUAAUAAAGUAGGGUUGUAAUAUUAAUUAUCGUGAAGCAUAAUCUCAUGACAAUUCAGUUGGUUCUGGAUACCGGCUUUUUAAAGAACUGCUUUCCGUGCGCCUGCAAAAACUACACUGUAAAAAUGACUACAUAAGUAGUGUGAUUUUUUCGUUGAUUCUCAAUGCCCUUAUAAAUUCUAAUAUAUUUGUUAGAAAACAUGCAUGCAUAUUCAUUCUCUUGCGCAUUUGGAUUAAAAAUCACGUCCUUUGCAAAUUCUAUGCUUGAAGAAAGGGUGUAAUUCGGUUUUGAAUAACUUUUCCAUUCCGGACCUGUCAUUGCACUUGUAUUCAGGGUUUCCAAACCAAAAUCUGUAUAUUUUUCCUGCACGAAAAACCAUACGUGUACAUUCGCUAUCAAGAGGAGACCAUACGUGGUUCAUAAAAUUUGGCGGUAAAUUUGAGCCAUAUUGUUAACUUUACAAACGGCAUUAGUAAAUUGAGACACGGUGUUUUAUGAGCGGGCAUUUUAUAGUUUUAAAAAACUCAUAAUCAGAAACUUCUGAAAUCAAAUUAUACACCUUCAAGUUUAACAUUUAAAGAGGGCGUAAUUGUCUUCCAAGUGAGUAAAAGAAUGAAGAUUUUUAUGGAAUGUAUUUGAAUUUACAAGGGCAUCAGUAAUCACUGAGAUCAACCCAUAGUACAUUAAUAGUUAUUUUGCAUAGUGAUACAACUCCUAUCAUGAAGCUGCCCAUUCCCAUCUGCGAGUCGUGUUAGACGCUUUUGCCUGACGGAACUUUCGGUUGCAUAGGAUUUGUUCGCGCGCUGCAAAUCUUUUGAUAAGAGCAGACAAGAAUCGCCCUCCUCAGGUAUCCUAAUGCCGGCCUUUGUGCCCCUUACUCCUCUCCAAUCGCAUAUGCUAUGGAAGACUGUGAAAUUCGUCAGGAAAGCAACUCACCUACUGAGGUGGUCCGGCCGCAAGUCGCACGGGCUCCUCACUCUCUUUGGUAGAAACCACCAUCAUCAAAAACGACAAAAUGGCUCUCGACUUGUCUUCUUGACCGCCGUUGAUAAUGGGUGUAAAGAUGGCCGCCACCCAGCCAAUUUUUUUUAAAAAUAAAAUGCUAUUUACGGCCAAUGACACUUUCUGCCGCCUGGCUGUACAGUAAUUUUGCGGAAAAGUGCUAAUCCAAUGGAUCUUCAGAAUGUGACCCAAGUCUGACGGUCGAUUUAGACGGCGACCAUCGUCAACACCACCUUUAUGCGAACCUCUAGAGCUGAGAAAUCAUGAGGCUCGGCCAUCUGUCGUUGGUUAGACCUAGAGACUCUCCAAGCACUUGAGGAAGGGGACAAGAUCGCUGGGACAAGAGCUUUAUUAGCCUUACGUUUCGGAUUCCUGCUCGAACCCAUCAUCAGAGACAAAAGCAGAUACGGGUGGCUCAUACACAAGGGGCUGCAGCAUAUAUAGGAUGCAGUCGUCAUGCCACCGCAUACCUAUGAAUAGCCACGGCUCUCUCCGCUUCAUCAGGGAUGGUUGCACUUCGUGUGAUGACUUUUUAGUGGCCGACAUUCGCGUCGUUAAUUGCUGCAAUUUCAUCACGUGCGUUGGAUGUUGGCGUGAUGAUUGCUCGACCAUCUGACCCACCGACCCUGGCUUUGGGACAAGUGCUCACCCGUGCGCUUCCCCCGUAACUAAUUAAUCCGCCUAGGCGAAAUCUCAGCACCGAGCAUGGAAGGGGAAGAUCAUUGCACUUGCGAUUUUUUUACAGCUUUGCAGAAGCAAGCUCGGUGUCUGGACACCGAUAAAAGCGACCAACUUUCCCCAUGAAUCGCAGCGGGAGUGACCAGCUGGAACUCUAGGUUUUAGAGCAUUGCGCUGUUGACGUCACAAACGUCUGCCAUUUGUUUCCUCGGCACUUCUUAACGACUGCAUCAACGGUUAGUGAUAGGUUCGAAUAACACAGGUGUGACGUCGACCAAUGUAUUUCCAGUGUUAGCGGGCGCACACCAAUCGCGUUACGGAGCACACUCGUCCCAUUUUGUCUCCUGGUUCUCUCUCGAUCCCCGCCAGCAACCGUACAACUGCGCGUAAAGUGGGCUGACUGGCAUUACCGACGGGGCAAGGAAGACGGGAUUGGCCAUUUCUGGCUUAUUAGCUGUCGUCAGCCAGUCAUACCCAACCCUGAGGCUCGAAUUGUUAGUUAGAAGUCCAGCGUCCUAACUAUUGAGCUACAGGCUCGUUAUCCUGUUGCCUUUGUUAAUAUAUCCGAUGGUGACCGACAGGACAACGGGCCCAUGGCUUAACGUUUUGGGCGUUGGACUUCUAAUUAGUCGGUUGCGAGUUUGAACCUCGGAGGCUGCAUCUCCCGGGGUUAUAUAUGGUUGGCUGAUGGCGGCUAGCCGGCCAGUAAUGUCCAUUCCAGUCUCCCUUGUCUUUGUCGGUAAUGUUGAUCCGAUGUAUCUUCAUUACAGGCCUGAGUUUGGACGGUCCCUACCGUCCUUCAUAUUCCAUUCGAGAGCUCUCACCGAAGUCGACAUAGCGACCUUGCGAUCUAAUAUCAGGAAGAGAUUCACGUCAAUCGCCUACGCAGUCGCGCAGUUUCGUGGUCAUCCACACCGAACGAUCUCCUUGUUCGACGCUACUUGUCGCGCCAGGCUAAAGCACGCGUCUCGUCUUCCAAAGAGGCCCUGUUCUCCCCCUGUAUUUUCCUUUGAAGUAGGUCAUAGGACAGCCAGCGUGAAGGAAACACUUUUCAUGGCCAAAGUACUCUUGUCAUUUCCGUCUUCCGCCAUUUAUUCAGGUCUUCACAAAAUACUCAUUGGUUUCGGUGCUGAAAACAACAUGGCCUCAGCAACCUGCACUUUUGCCUUCUGUGACGGACGCGGCCAGCCCGUUCGUCUGUUUCAAGGCGUUACCCGAGGUCGCAUUGUGGAACCUCGCGGCUCCUCCGGAUUCGGCUGGGACCCCUGUUUUCUGCCGGAAGGUUACCAGUCCACCUACGCGGAGAUGGACAAGGCCACAAAGAAUUCCGUAUCCCACCGUUUCAAGGCCGUUCAGGCGCUGCGUCAAUUUUUGGAUGAAAACCCUAAAUUCUCUUCCCAUCUUCACUCCCUCCGCCAGACAGCGGACGUUUGA